AUGGACGUCAUGGUGGGGUUCGAAGACAACCCUUUGAUGGCAGCUCUCCACCACCUGAUGGACGUGACGGCGGGGGGAAAGGCUGCGUGCGGGGCCACCUGCGCCUACGUCCGGGACUGUGGAGCCACGGCGUCGACGCCGGCGGAUGUGAAGGAGCUGCCGAGCAAGCUGGUGUUCGAGAUCGACAUGCCCGGGGUCAAGCCCGGAGACGUCAGGGUGCAGGUGGAGGACGACCGCUCGCUGGUGGUCAGCGGCGAGCGGAGGAGGUGUGAGGACGGGGAGGGGGAGUACGUGAGCGUGGAGCGUCGCGUGGGGAAGUUCAUGCGCGAGUUCCAGCUUCCGGAGGACGCGGACUUGGACGCCAUCACGGCGCUGUGCCAGGACGGGGUGCUCACUGUGACGGUGGAGAAGCCGCCGCCGGCGGAGCCGAAGAAGCCGAAGACCAUAGAUGUUAAGAUGGGUUAA